AUGUCUGCUGAGCCGCUUCCAUUAUCUAAAGUAGCCAAAACUUUGGAGACUUGUUCCGGCUAUGAAUUCCAAGUUGUAUUGAAAACUAUCAGCUCGGCAAAAUAUGUCGACGAUAAGCUUCUGAAAGCAGAUUUGGCCGUCCUGGUUGCCAAGAUUUUGAAACUUUUGAGGUCUUCCGAUGAUUAUCUUGUUUGGAAAGGCUGUAAGCUUUCAGAUGUGCUAUGCUCUUACAAUGCAGUCGUGUUGUGCUCUCAAGCAGGUCAUCUUCUCACUGCUCUUUUCAAUAAAAUGGAGCAGAAAGCGGGUUUUUACCGCACUACCGUCUCAAGUACCCAGGGAAAAACCGUGCUCUUUUCGCUAGUCAGAUCGGUGGACAUUUUGCUAGAUUUGAUCCGUGGCAAACCGGCUUUGACCCGUGAAGUUCUCACACCAAGACUUCCUGCCAUCAUAACGGUUCUUGUUAAUCUGGCACAAUUCGAACCAGAACUGUGUUGCCCUGUUUUGAAGAAAAUUCUGGUCAAAAACACGACCACCUUCCGCCCUCAUAUCAACAAAUACAACAAUGUCAUUGUCACUUUGAUUGUGAAAGACUACAACCAUUUUAACAAGCACACCAGAAAGCUUAUUCUCGAAAACUAUGCGUUGUUGCACUUGCUCAAGCAAAACUCUGCAGCUAAGGAUGACAGCAUGCGUCAUCACAAAGCCCAUCAAGAUGAACAAUGGAGACAGGGUAUCAUGCAUGUCUUGUGCAGCUUCAAACCCGUAAUUAGUCUAUGUGGUGAAAUACUAGACUUUUCGGCGGACGAAGACAUGCGAAGCCUUUUGAAUCGGUUGCCGUCGAGUAGUGACGAUUCAAAGAACUUUCUGCCUCCCGUGAAAGUAGACUUGAAUAAACCCACAACUUUAUGGGCAAUCGCCGACAGAUUGGAACUUUUAUGUGAUCUCACUUUGGCAUUUGUUUCCCAACACACACCUUUUCGGAUGCGGGUGCCUCUUGGUGGCAUUGCUACCGUCGCAGAGGCCAUUUUAAGCUUGACUACUAAUUACUUGCCGUUGCAGCGCUUGCUGCGCCGUGACGCAGAAUUGACGGCUACGAUAUAUGACCUACUACCUACCCUCCAGGCAAGCGGCAUUUCGCUUCUUGGAAGUUUGUCGAGAACCUAUGGUAAGUCUUUAUUAUCUUACACGCCGUCCAUUCUAGGCUCGUUGGAAUACUUCAUCCCAAUAAAACAAGGAACGACUUCGAUUGAUUUCGACAAGGUGGACACAUUAAAAUAUCAAUUCUUCGAGCUUUUCACGGUUGUGGACAUUUUUUUGAAUCACACGGGGCAUUUGUUCAGUGAGACCACCUUGUUCACCAAACUUAUAGACAUUGCAUUACACUUGACAAAAGAUCUGGUACCAUUGAAGCAUCUUUACCAACAGCAAAAUCCAGCUGCCAAAACAAAUUCGCAAAAAUCCAAAAAGGCUGGGAAGCAGAAUACCGGUUCGAUGUCAGAUGUAUACUCACAUCCCCAGGCGUUUAUUGAUAAAUGCUCUGUCAGAAACCUGGAAUCUCUAAACCAAUUUUUGGUGAGAAUUGUAGUGAAUUUGAAGCUCCAAUCUGCACAGCAAAUAAAGAUCGCCAGGUACGCCAUAACAGUAGCGUCGAGAGCUCAGCGGGAACUCGGCCGUCUGCCCUCGUCAUUUGCUGGCUUGCUUCAGGCGCUAGUCAUGCACCCCGGAUAUGAAAAGGUCUCCAUUCUUCCAAUAGCCGUAACACUUCUCAAAAGCCAAGGUGACGACGUUCUCGACGUCUUCUGCAACCCAAGGCUGCCCGUUGCCCCUGUCCAAUCCGUUAAAAGACUAGAAGAACCUAUGGCCGCUCUUGAAAAGGACGAAGAGAGAAGCUUAGGCGAGCAACACGACGAAGAUGAAGAGAUGGAGCAAGCCGAUGAAAUUACUGAGGCAGUGAAAGAAGUGGCAAGAGUUGUGGAGGAGGACAACAACCCGCAACCGUCGAAUUCCACCACCUACUUUGACCAGCUAAAGGAAGACAAGCCUGAGAGUAUAAUGCGGAAAAGAAGUGUUGACAUUCACGAGCGCACCCAGGAAACCAAGAUCCGCAAAACUGAGCAAGUUCUCGAUUCAGAAACUCGCAGUAUUCCAGUAGAGGUUAUUGAGAAGAAGCAAACAGUCGUUGAAGUCCACGAAAAGGAUGAAAGUGACGCUGAUGAUGAUGAUGACGACGACUCUGAAUUUGAGAUUCCAGAAAUCAAUCUCAGCGAGGACGACGAAGAAUAA